AUGGCAGGACUGUCUGUCUUUGUAACAGUUGGCACCACACACUUUGACGCUCUCAUCCAGGCUGUGGUCGAUGAGGGCACCCUUGAGGCGCUGCGGCACAAGGGCUACUCCAAGGUUACUCUUCAAAUUGGACAUGGGAAAUUCACACCACCAGAGGGGCAGCACCAAGGGGUUGCCUUGUCCCAUUUCAGAUUGAAACCAUCUGUGGCAGAGGACUUUGCAGCAGCAGACCUUGUGGUGAGCCAUGCAGGGGCAGGCUCCUGUCUUGAGGCCUUGCAGGCAGGCAAGCCCCUGGUGGCUGUGGUCAACAACACUCUUAUGAACAACCACCAAAUAGAGUUGGCAGAGGAACUUGCAAAUAAUGGAUACUGUUUUUUUUGUUAUCCAGAAACCCUACAGGAGACCAUUGCCAAGCUGGACCUCUCACAGCUGAAGCUGUACAGUCCUGGUCAGCCUAGACUUUUGGCUGAGUACCUGGACAGUGUUAUCAAGAGUUUCCCCCAUGACACUGCUGCUGCCGUCUGGUGCAUCCCUGCAGCGGCGAUGAGCCACACAGACAGUUGUCCAUGUGUAUCAUCUCUCAGUGACAAGCUUGCCAAGACUGAAGUGUAG